GGAACUUCAUCUGGCAAAAAUGGGUGAACCUCAGCAAGUGAGCGCCCUUCCUCCACCUCCAAUGCAAUAUAUCAAAGAAUACACUGAUGAAAAUAUCCGUAAAGGGCUGGCUCCAAAGCCACCUCCGCCUGUCAAGGACAGCUACAUGAUGUUUGGGAACCAGUUCCAGUGUGAUGAUCUGAUCAUUCGGCCCCUGGAGAGCCAGGGUAUCGAACGGCUGCACCCGAUGCAGUUUGAUCACAAAAAGGAGUUAAGGAAACUUAACAUGUCUAUCCUGGUCAACUUCCUGGACCUCUUGGACAUCUUGAUAAGGAGUCCAGGGAGUAUAAAACGAGAGGAGAAACUGGAAGACUUGAAACUGCUUUUUGUCCACGUGCAUCACCUGAUAAACGAGUACCGGCCUCACCAGGCCAGGGAGACGCUGAGGGUGAUGAUGGAGGUGCAGAAACGGCAGCGCCUGGAGACGGCCGAGCGCUUCCAGAAGCACCUGGAGAGAGUGGUGGAGAUGAUCCAGAACUGCCUGGCUUCCCUGCCCGAUGAUCUGCCUCACACAGAGGGGGGACUGAGGGUCAGCGUGGAGCCCAUGGAUGCUGAUGAUGGCAGCGGCUGCGCUGGGCAGAGCGAAAAGCAGAGGGAGCGUUCCGGUGGCAAGAGAGAUCAGGUUUUGGACAAGGAUGCAGCAAUGUGCAGCAUUAUUGAUGAAAUGACAUGAAGCAAACAGCUGGGCUUGUUACUGCACAGCAGUGAGAGACAGAAGGGGUUCUGAGGAGAAACGUAUUUUGUUUUGCUGUUGUACAAGCAGACAAAGCAUUUGUUGUGCACCUGUUGGAGGUUGGGAGUGACUGGGCAGAUGAAAAUGUUUAAAGUUUUGUGGUUUUUUGGUAAAAAUGAAGAAGUCUAAUUUUUGCUAAAUGUAUUAUGUGAGAUGGUAGGCACAGAUUAAAGUUGGCUUUUCCUGUUGUA